AUGAACCGAGGGCCUCGAUUCACUAGGGCUAGCGAUUCUCAAGGCAAGGAAGCUCCCGACUCGUCGAAGGAUAGCAUGCGUAGGAUUUUUACGCAGGCUUCGCAGUUAUUAUGCCAGCAAGCCAGAGCUACGGGAUGUGUAUUUACCGACGCUGCAUCGGGCCUGUUCUUUGGUCAGUCUGAGGGAGUAAUGUCGCCUCCAAAUGGUACCGAUCCAACCGCAUCUUCGGAUGUCAAUUUCGAGUCAACAGAGGACGAAGAAGCCGACGCCGACAAGGAAGGAGAAGAUGAUUCAUCUCCUGGACACGGAUCCACAUUAUCUCAGAUUGCUUUCGGCGAUCGACUGGAUGAAAUGGCUGACGUCCUUGGCAGUGAUGGCGACGGGUCUCCGCAGGGGAUGAUCAAGCGCAAAAAUCUCAAGAAAUUCAUUAUGCGCUAUCCGUUUGGAAAAUGUUUCUACUUGAAUAAGGGACGCAUCGUAUCUCAUCACAGCAUGACGCUCGACGAAGUAGUUGUAGGUGGAGGCUCCAAUUACACAGCUUUAAACACGUCAACACAGGAUAUAGAAGACCAACCCCAUAUGCUAUUACCGCGAGAGCUUCUCAGCAGCAUACCAAAUGCGAAAUGGCUGAUAUUCCUUCCCCUUUUCAAUUACGCCCAAGGCCAAUGGUUUGCGGCAGGCUUUAUUUGGGGCGACGACUUCAAGAUGGGCGAUCCCGACGAUGCAUUGCCCUACUUUAAAACCUUUGGAUCCUGCAUGAUGAGCGAGGUGGCGAGCAUGGAGGUCUUAAACACGAAUAUUGCCAAGUCUACGUUCAUUGCCUCCAUCUCUCACGACUUGCGUUCUCCGCUACACGGAAUGCUGGGAAGCCUAGAGUUCUUAGAAGAUACUAUGACUUCAGCGUACCAAACGAGUCUAAUCGGCGCAAUUGAAACAUGUGGCAAGACACUGUUAGAUACCAUCGACCACCUCCUAGAUUACGCAAAAAUCAACAACUUGAACCGUGCGAGCGCGCGACUUAGCUCCCCAAAGGAAAGGAGAAUAUGGAAAGGAUCGCGCGACGUUGGGGAACCUCUAUCGACAAAUUUCGAUCUUGCCCUCCUUUUAGAGGAAGUCGUCGAAGCGGUCUUCGCCGGCCAGACAUUUCGCAAAAUCAACCUCCGACAACACGACCCUGUCGACGAGGCAUCUGCGGAAAUAAAGUCGAUGAGUAUCGAUGAUACAUCGACAACUGAAGAACAGGUUCACUCUGGCAGUGUAAAAUUCUCAGGAAAGGUCUUCUUGAUACUUCAUAUCCAACGAUUGGCAUCUUGGCAUCUGCAAGGACAAACGGGUGGCCUUAGGAGGGUGAUAAUGAAUGUGGUCGGAAAUGCUAUCAAAUACUGCAGAACCGGUAGCAUCGACGUCUCAUUGGAGGCAAAGGAAAUCACGCCGUCGAAUUACGAGGUGGAUCUUUCUGUAAAGGAUACCGGUAUCGGUAUGUCGAAGAACUUCCUCGCAAAUCAUAUUUUCAAACCUUUUUCCCAAGAAGACUCAUUUACACCGGGUACGGGACUUGGGCUCUCUAUCACGUCACAAAUCGUGAGAAACAUGGAUGGAAAGAUCAAAAUUGACAGCGAAAAGGGGGUUGGGACACACGUUAAUAUCACUAUUCCGAUGAAGACUGCUGACGCCAGUGGAUCUUGCGGUGGAGUCCAAGAUGAUAUCCAGCGCGAGGUUAUGAAGGUUACGGCAGGGAAAAAGGUGUGCAUUUUGGAUCCCCUUCUUGGUACCCAUAUCAAUGGAGAGCUGCCCAAACUGGAACUCUCCAUCUCUAGUAUCUGUCGGGAAUGGUUCAACAUGGAUGUUAUCGAAAGCAGGACUGUCGAUACCGACCCAGACACAGCUAUUUACAUAUAUGCUGAGCCACCACCGAUAGAACUCCUGGUAAGACAACACAUCAAGCGAAAGGAGAUGGGCUAUACGGGUAAAGAAGCGGCUUUGCUUAUCGUCUGCACGAACGCUUUCGAGGCCGCGGCCCUACGGGCUGCCGGCGUUAAGGAUUUAAUUUCUCUUGGCAGAAUAGUCGAAGUUAUUAGCCAACCCGUAGGCGUGCGCAAGCUAGGAAAAGUCCUCCUUCAGUGUCUCCAACGGGUGGAAGAAAGCUUAAAGCAUCAGGAUGAACUUGCACGGUCUAGGGCACCCUCGCCAUCUCCCGAGAGCAGUCGAAAUCGGGGAUAUAGUUCAGAGACUGGGUGGAAUGCCUCAGCGGUCGUAUAUGACCAGACGGAAGGUCGAUAUAGGCCUUCGAUCGAAGCUCUAAAAUGGAAAUCCGAUCAGCAACAGUUAAAACUACCAUUAGAUCAGAGCAUUCAGGCAGGAUUUCUACAUCCCGGUACGAUCAGUAAUCCAUCCGCUUCCGCGACUAUCCCGCACGGCCGUUCUCGAUCUGGGAAUCAUAUUAGACGAUUACCUCGCGUCCUUCUAGUAGACGACAACACGAUCAACCUCAAGCUCCUGGUGACAUUCAUGAAGAAGAUCAAGUUGCCGUAUGCCGAGGCCAUGAACGGGCUCGAAGCCGUUACUCAAUUCAAAGAAACUAAGGAACCUUUUGACUUUGUGCUGAUGGACUUACAGAUGCCUGUCAUGGAUGGGCUCGAAGCAACACGGCAAAUCCGCGAGUUUGAACAGGAAAGAGCAGGGGAACUUACUGCUGCGCCACCGUCAACUAUAAUUGCCAUAACGGGUGUCGGCAAUGAGGCUACGCGCCAAGAGGCCAUGGAUGCGGGCAUGUCGCAGUUUUUAACUAAACCUGUUAAGUUUAAGGCUUUACAGCAGAUUUUGUUGGAGCAGGACCAGCCGUCUUGA